CAUUUCCCUUGUUUCUUUCCCCCUUCUCUAAAACCAGAUAAAUGUGGCCGUUGCUAUAUUCGGUCUGGGACUCCCUGUUGCACAAAUCAAACACUCCCCACAUGCCUUCAUUUUUGUAGGCUUGGUUAAGUUGUUAGCACAAUAAGACAAUGAAGGCGAUAUAAAAAAUGAAAUCAAAUGUGGAAAGCCUAGUAUCUUAUGCAAUUGAAAAAGAAAGACACUGAAGGUCUGAUAUCAAUUAUUGCAGUCUCCUGUUUUAAUAUUGACAACAAGAAAAUCCAUUGUUCCAUACAAGCCAAUUUGAUAGAAAUUUUGCAUUAAAAAAAAGGCAUUACUACAUCCUGUGCUAUAUAUACAUAAUCCAAAGAUUGGUAAAUGCAUUCAUUGUCACUAAAAAUUUCAUCAUGGACCUCCAGUUCUCUUCCUUCCAUGUCAUACUAAUUACCUUUUCUCUCUUUGUGAUUAUGGUACUCAAAAUAGCAAGAAGAGGCAAAACCAAAAGCUCCAGUUCAAAUCUACCACCAGGACCACGCAAGCUACCCUUUAUAGGGAACAUCCACCAGCUUGCUGGAUCUCUACCCCAUCACAGUCUGCGAAACUUGGCCAAGAAAUAUGGACCCUUUAUGCACCUAAGGCUUGGAGAAGUUUCCACCGUAGUUGUUUCAUCAGCAGAGUUUGCCAGAGAGGUGAUGAAAACUCACGACGCUACUUUUGCAUCAAGGCCCCAUCUCCUUGCUGCAACCAUCGUGUCUUACAACGCCACAAACAUUGUGUUUGCAAAAUAUGGUGACUACUGGAGACAACUGCGAAAAAUUUGCACACUAGAGCUCUUAAGCACAAAGCGUGUUCAAUCUUAUCGACCUAUUAGAGAGGAAGAGAUGCUGAAUCUCAUCAAAUGGAUUGCUUCGAAAGCCAGGUCACCUAUCAAUCUUACAGAGAAAAUUCACUCAUCUACAUAUAUGAUCACUUCACGAGCAGCCUUUGGUAAAAAGAGCAAAUAUCAUGAAAAUUUUAUAGAUGUUGUGAAGGAAGGUAUACAAUUGGGAGGAGGCUUUGAUCUUGCAGAUGUCUUUCCUUCUUUCAGUUUGCUUCAUAUGAUAACUGGGAUGAGGCCUAAACUUGAAAGGUUGCACAAAAAAACUGACAAGAUACUGGAAAACAUCAUCAAAGAACACAAAGAUAAGGCAACAUCAAAAGGUUCUGAGAGGGAAGCACAGGAAGACCUGGUAGAUGUACUCUUAAAAUUUCACGAGGGUAAUGAUGGCCCUGAGUUUAACCUAACUACUGACAACAUCAAAGCAGUAAUCUUGGACAUUUUCGGAGCUGGAAGUGAGACAUCAGCAACAGCUGUAGACUGGGCAAUGUCAGAAAUGGUUAAAAAUCCACAAAUAAUGAAAAGGGCACAGGAUGAGGUGAGGGAAGUGUUCAAUAGAAAAGGGCAGGUAAGUGAAACAAGCAUCAAAGAGAUGAAAUAUUUAAACUCAAUUAUUAAGGAGACACUCAGAUUGCACCCAUCUGCCCCUCUGUUAAUUCCAAGAGAAUGCGGAGAGAGGUGUGAGAUUGGUGGAUAUGAAAUACCUGUCAAAACAAAGGUAAUUGUCAAUGGAUGGGCAAUUGGUAGAGAUCCAAAGUACUGGACUGAACCUGAGAGCUUUCAUCCAGAGAGAUUCCUUGAUAGCUCAAUUGAUUUCAGGGGAACAAACUUUGAGUAUAUCCCAUUUGGUGCUGGAAGAAGAAUAUGUCCCGGCAUAACAUAUGGUCUGGCCAAUGUGGAGCUCCCACUUGCAAUGUUAUUAUACCAUUUUGAUUGGAAACUCCCAAAUGGAAUGAAACAUGAAGACCUGGACAUGACUGAGGCCUUUGGCAUUACAGUCCGUAGAAAAGAAGAUCUGCGCCUUAUACCCAUCCCAUAUCAUCCUCCACCAACUGAACAAACCCAAGUGUAAAAUAGUCAACUGUUUUUAUUCUUGCAAAGAAAUCACUGUCUGUUUUUGUUAUCCAUGUAAUCAAAAACUACAAUAUCUAGUGACAGCAGCAAUCAAAGACUUUGAUGAUUCUAUUGAGUUGAGAAUAAUAUAAAUAGAUUUACCGAGGUAAUGAAAAUAUUUGAACUAACAAAAUAGAAAAAAUGCCUAACGAGAUCAGAAUAAUCUCUAUUAUUUUUGGUUUCUUGUAGAGCCUGUGCCUUUGGAUUUGGUAGAACUGGUCAUCUUAACCAGUAAGAAACAAAACCAGUCAACACCAUACCAGAGGAUAUAGGACGACUCUGUAUGUCCUUACUCGUGUGUGAUGUAUAAAGCUAGGGGUCAGUCAGCUGACUAUAUGAUUUCAUUCGUCCUUCACUCCACAAAACUGUAUGAAAUUGUUCUUUGCAUUGAUGUGGAAUGAAUUAAUCCAAUAAAUAGUUACUCCUUGUUGACAUGGGAAUAGGGGAAAUCCAGAGGGUUCUACUCUCUAGUAUAUAUGAUGUAGUGCUCGCCUCGGUCAAAUUUCUGCCCUUUUGCAUUGAUGUGGAAUGAAUUAAUCCAAUAAAUAGUUACUCCUUGUUGACAUAAGAAUAGGGAAAAACCAGAGGGUUCUACUCUUUGGUAUGGUCUAGUGCUCGCCUUGGUCAAAUUUCUGCCCUUUUUGCAAGCACACAGAAGAUACACACCCAGGGGAAAUAUGAAAUUUUAUGUAAUCUCAUUGGAAGAUACGGUUUUAGGCUCUAAGCCAAGAAUUCUGUAAACGUAAAUUUGAGCAAAUCAGAAUUUAAUAAACAAAUUUAUAUCCAAGCUUUCAAUUUAGUACCAAAAAUAAUAAGGUACUAAACUGUUUAAAUUGAAAGCUUGGAUUAAGUUUGCAUACGACUAUAACUACAGGUACUAAAGUAAGAGUGGCAGAUCAUUGGUGAUUAGUAGUUUUAACAGAGAAUGCGUGAGUUGUGGCAUGUUAUUUUUUUAUUUUUUUGGUAAGCAAAAUGGUGGCCAAGUGAGCUACCACUCUGGGGCCGAGAGCAACUUAGGUAUGACCCCUCCUCAAGGGAUGUUUUUCACAAGUUGGGGUUCGAACCAGAGACCUCCUAUUACCAGAAGAAGUUCUGCAGCAUCCGGCCUACUUGCAGCCUAGCAUGCUUCCACUAGACCAACCUCAUUGGGUAUUGUGGCAUGUCAGUUAUUUCCAAUACGUGUUGGUUUAACGGAUACCGUGAAGGUCACGGGUUCAAAUCUCUAUGACAUCAUGAAAUUAGUGGGGUGGGGAUUAUAUGUUGUCAUUUCUACACAAAGACUAACCAUUCUUAAAAGGAUAUAUUUAGAUCUUACAUCUGAUUGAAUCGUGGGAGACUAAUGAAUAUCGGAAGAACCAUAUGAAAUCACUGCAACAACUUGAAAGAAAGAGUGAAAAGCA